AUGCCGAGCAGCCGAUGCGGCAUUGGAAUCGACUGCUGGCGGCUAGGUGGAAGGAAGUCGAAGAUCAAGCCCUGGAAAGGUGGCCGACCUCAGGAGCAGCGCCAGAAGAGCGAGGAGCGCGAGAAGGCCAUCAAGGAGCUGAUCACCUUCGUCACCAAGAAGCGCGGUGAGCUGGGCGACAUGAUCGCGGCGCCGACGCCUGAAGACUUGGAUACGGUAAGUGGAGCA